UUUUGCAUUUCCCGAUUAGGACAGCGAGACUACACUUAGGUUCAACGUCAUUGUUGCAACUACAGCCUGUCUGCACCUAGUGACCGUAAACUUAUCCACUCCUCAGUGCGCACAGGGCAGGAUGGGAUGCUCCACCAGCUCUCAGACUUCUGCGGUAGACACCACUCGACCCAGCUCCAAGCCUGAGGAGAGCAACGGAGCCAGCACCACAGGAGCGGCUGGAGAGAAUGGAAAAGUAGCUGAAGACAGUGAGACCAUCCCGGACCAAACAACGGCUGAAGGCAGUGAUGCUAAAGUUGAGAGCGAAGCUGCUGCAUCUACAGAAAGCUCUGCUGCAAGCCCCACAGCAGGGGAGGAGUCUCCGCCUUCAGCUGAUGCCAAACCAGCAGAAGAAGCUGCAGCAGCAGGUGAUGCUUCUGCAGAGACACCAGCUGCAGACGGCUCUGCAGUGGCUCCAGAGCAAGCGACAGAUUCAGAGCCCCAACCAGAGGAGCCCCCAGCACCCAGCGAGUGAAGCAAGCCGUGCCUGAUGACUUCUUGCUGGAAGAGUCGCUCCCCAUCUGUACACAUGAGUGAAAGUAUGUCUGAGUGGGAGUCUGAGUGUGUGUGUGGAAAAAUAUUGCCUUGUUGCCAAGAUGCUG